UGUUCGUACGUUGCGUGGUGAGGCCACGUACAUUGAGAACGGACGCCGUAAAUUUAUUUUCUGCCUGGUAACGCUCUACUUGCUGUUGCUUCUGAGCGCCGUCGUGCCCUUCGUUCAUGCGGAUAAGGCCUGCCGUAGCCCCAAAAUUAGUGGAUUCCAUACCAUAGCCUUGAAGCAAUUCCAGAAAUGGCUCAUACAUGCGUCUCCACCCAGGCAUCCUCUCUUAGAUUCAACCCUCUUUUUCUUUCGUCGAGCCCUAGUUCUUGUUCCGACCCUCAGAAGCUUUCUUUCUCCUCGGAGCAUUUCAGGUCGAGGAAAUUAAAGAAAUUGGUAGGAAAUAAAAGGAAUACUCAAAGCUCUCCUGUGAAGGCUGUGCACGGCAAUGAUUUUUGGGCACCUCAGGGGAGUUCGCGCCAGGGCAUUUGGUCCAUAAGAGAUGAUUUGCAAGUCCCAUCUUCCCCAUAUUUCCCUACUUAUGCGCAAGGACAAGGUCCUCCCCCCAUGGUGCAGGAGCGUUUUCAGAGUGUUAUAAGUCAGCUUUUUCAAUAUAGAAUAAUCCGUUGUGGUGGAGCAGUUGAUGAUGAUAUGGCUAAUAUCAUAGUUGCUCAGCUUCUUUACCUUGAUGCUGUUGAUCCUAACAAGGAUAUUGUCAUGUAUGUAAAUUCUCCUGGAGGAUCAGUGACAGCCGGUAUGGCGAUAUUUGAUACAAUGAGACACAUCCGACCUGAUGUGUCAACUGUUUGUGUCGGACUAGCAGCUAGUAUGGGGGCCUUUCUCCUUAGCGCAGGGACUAAAGGAAAGAGAUACAGCUUGCCUAAUUCAAGGAUAAUGAUUCAUCAACCGCUUGGUGGAGCUCAAGGAGGCCAAACCGACAUAGAUAUUCAGGCAAAUGAAAUGCUGCAUCAUAAAGCGAACCUGAAUGGCUAUCUGUCUUAUCACACUGGCCAGAGUCUAGAGAAGAUUAACCAGGACACGGACAGGGAUUUCUUCAUGAGUGCAAAAGAAGCCAAAGAAUAUGGACUUAUCGAUGGUGUCAUUAUGAAUCCUCUAAAAGCUCUUCAGCCAUUAACUGCUGCUGCAGAGGGCAUAGAUCAGGCUACUGCCUGAAUUUUUAGAGUAAUGGACCUUAAGGCGGACAAACGUCUUGGUGUAAAACUAGAACGAUCAUUUUGGCUGUUCGUUCCAUCUGUGCAUUGUUUAAUUUAUAUUGAUGUUCGUAUCUGUCCAACUGUAUAAGAAGGUGGUGAGAAUUUCAUUUUCCAGUUUGCUUUAUACGGAGAUGCUGGAGCAAUAGGUUCCCAGCAAGCUUUUGUCCUUCGUGCAUUUUAGUUAUGCUAUGAUGAUUAGUUAUAUUAAGUGAUUUUUUUUUUUAA